AUGAAGUUCCUGUUAUGCACAAUACUAUUGCAAUAUACAAAAGAAGUCAAAUUUGUUCGAACGAUAGAAGCUAUAGGACUACCCUAUUAUAAGAUUUCUUUAAAACUAGGAACUUGCCAAGAACGUAUUCUCUUCUCCGAACAUAAAGCUUGGCCAAUCGCUCGUAUGAAUAGAAUCAUGGAUAUAUAUUACAAAAGUGAAUUCACAGUAUCCAGCGUGGAAAUAAAGUUAGUAAUCAAUGACACGGACUGUUUAGGGUCGUCUAAAUCCGGUGUGGGUUCUCCAGAAUUCACAGCAACAAUAUUUUUAGCGACUAAUAUGGCUGUUUUAUUUUAUAGUUUAACGAUAUACACAUGUAAUCAUAAUUACAAUAUGGUUUCUAAUGAGGAAGGCUUCGUAUCUAAUUUACUUUUUUAUACUAAACUGAGACCGUCAGAAAAACCAAAUAUUUUAUAA